UUGGGCCUCUUCGCUUGUGACUGUUUCAAGCUUUGUUCAAGAACCUCGAAAGCAUCUAAGGAUUGUCAAGAAGAUGAAGUUUUUUUGCAUUUGUGUCCUAACUGUCAUAACAGUUGUGCUCUGUCAAGUGCCAUUUCAUGACAACAUGUCAAAAGUUACCCUUUGUCCAGAUUGUACAAAGUUUUCAAGUGUAAAUAUCAAAUCUAACUUUUCUAAUUUUGCUACUAUAUUGAAAAUAGAAAAUACACCAACGUUUUUGGUUGGUGCAAGCGAUGCCCUACUUCUGAUAAACCUAAACGGGGAUCUUAUUCGUCAAACUACUAUAAAAAGCAAGGAGAAUGAUUAUAAGUUGUGUCUAAGACAGAAUUCAGACAGUUGUGCCAAUAUCAUUACCAUGAUUAUCCCACUUGGGGAAGCUGGUUUGGUGCUAGCCUGUGGUACAAAUGCUGAAAUAAAGUAUUAUUGUUGGGAAGUAAAUGGAACGAACAUUAUUGGAACACCACAGGAGAAGACGUUUUACACAGCAGCAGAAGAUGUCAGAUAUGUUGUGUCUGGUUCAAGCAUAUUUAUAAGUUCUGAAACUAAAUAUCAUAGUCGACAGAAUGGGAAGUUAAAGAGAGUGAACCUAGAUGAAGAAAACGGCCGUCCUGACCUGGAGUUAACAAUAAUUGAUAUUGAUCCUGUCUUCAUUUCUCUUUAUGAAUUUGGAAAUUAUAUCUAUUAUUUGUUCACUGAUUUGUCAGAGGAAGCUGUUGAAGAGAAAACCAGGAUAACUUACUCGCGCAUUGGACGACUAUGCAAGUAUGACCGAGGAGGUGAAAGCCAUACGCCCAGCAGAAAUUUUUUUCAAACUUUCUCCAAAGUACGGUUGUUGUGUUUCACGACAACAAGCCAGGAAAAAUUCCAUUACAAUAAUCUAGAGUUUACAUCAGUUGUUACCGGAGAAGAUGGCGAGGUCUAUAUUUAUGGUCUAUUUAGAGCCGCGAGACCGGCAGAUAAAAUGUUCGCAGUUUGUCGAUAUUCACUGUCAAAUAUCGAGAAAGCAUUUGAAAGUGGGAGGUAUUACGAUACUCGAAGUAGCCAGAAAGCUGUUUUUGUGGCUGAUUCUGGCGACCCCAGGCAGAAAACGUGUAAUUCAUCUCUGGAUACGAAAGCUGUCAGGCGUAGUUAUUUUCAAACUAACAUACAAAGUCGUCAACUGCAUGUUGCUGUGGUUGAACCUGAUGGUGGCCGCCCAGUAGCAACACGCAACCACAAUACAAAGAUAAUGAAAAUGUUGGUUGAUUCAGACACUAUAGCCAACACGUCCUAUGAAAUCGUGCGACUUUUUUAUUCCAAUUUGAUGCACGAGAUUUUUGUUCCGAAAAACUUUUUCAACGAUAAAGAUGUGAAAACGUAUUUAUCAGUUAGAAAAAUUAGCGAGCAACCAUUGCACGUCGCAGAUGUUGUGAAUAUGAAGUUCUCCGGUGUUAAACCAUCUGUCUCACCGAAAGCAUCAUCAACACCCAGACCCACAACCAUCGAAGCAACCACACCCCAAAACACAUCACCCACUCCCAUUCUAACGGACCCCGUAUCUUCAGCAACACCUUCGUCGGGAAACUCAACCCGAAUUCCCGUUCAGCCCAAUAAUACAUCGCCAACCAAUCUAACGACGACGAAAUCUUUGCUACGGCGUAGAUUUUUCGCCCCGCCAAUGUCUGAUUCUUCAUCAAAACCGAAGCCUCCUUCGCGCUCGACUGGUUUCAUGAAUUAUCCUGGCCAGAAAACAGUAAUCGUCGCCGCAGAUGAAGCACUGUUGUUUGUUCCAGUGGCAUCUUGUGGUGCCCAUACCUCUUGUAGGGAUUGCGUUGAAGCUGCGAAUCCUUAUUGUGGAUGGGACAAUGGAAAAUGUGUUCAACUCAACUCAAGCAAAAAGAAAAGUACGAUUAUUCAAGAUAUAAAAAAUGGCGACUAUGAGAAAGUCUGUCCUUCAGUUGCUGCUUCGUGUAAGGUCGUUCAGACGAACAAAUUGAUUCCAAAAGCAGAAAUUAUCCUGCAGUGUUCCGCUUCGGGCGUUCCAGAACCGACCAUAUUAUUUUGGACCAAAGACGGCAAACGGUUGCCUGGGAACUCGAGCGAACUCAAGAUAUCAAACUAUACCCUAAAGACUGCUGGAACAUACGAGUGUCACGUACGCAAUCAUCUCUCAUCACAAAGCUGUUCUGUGAAAAUUCCUGGCUCGCCGCCUAAAAUCCAGUGCAAAGUCACAAAGGAUUUUAAGUUAGCCUGCAGUGCAAGCGGCUACCCUCAUCCGAAGCUAGUCACACAGACGAAAAACAAUCAAUCAGAAGGCUCCGUGGUCAAGAUAGAAAAGGACGAGUCUCAGAUUGUCGCCUACAACGCUUUUGGCGUCAAAUCCAGUGGUAUUUAUAAAAUUAUUACAAAAACAUUCGAGUUUGCAAUUAAAGAUGUUACAUGGAGCGAUGAUUUACUGGACACCGGAAGUCAAGCGUAUCAAGAUUUAAGAGGAAGAGUUUUGAAUGGAUUAAAAGAAUUGUACAAGGGGAGCAAUUUGUUUCAAAAAGCGAAGAUUAUUUUUAGGAAAGGGAGUGUUAUUGCAAUCACGGAAGUAAGUGGUUUGAAGACUCCAACUUCAGAUGAAAGCGAUUUAACUCGUCCACUGGAAGACGCGAUCCAAGGAAAGACAAAACUUGGUGAUUUAAACGUAUCCAAACCUGUACCCACUCAAAAACCAACGACGCCUGGUAUGUCAGAUCAGCAAAGUACGAAUGCCCCGCCGUCUGCUCCAAGAACCCCAGGGUCCAGGAAUUCUUCGACAGGUAAACAAACCCGUUUGCCAACGACUUUGCCAAAAACACGUUUGCCAAGCACACGUUUGCCAACUUCUCGUUUGCCAACUUCCCGUUUGCCAACUUCUCGUUUGACAACCCGUACACAGAUUAUAUCCUCAAGACAAGGCUUAGUCACAAAACAACCAGUCGCUCAAACAUCUCCGUCAUCAGGCGUACCAAUAUGGCUGUUGAUUUUAUUAUUGAUUGUGAUUGGCCUCAUCGUGUUUGUGUCAGGGUACUUCUGCGGCAGGAAGGGAAUACCGUGGUCGAAGCUUUCCCGACGCUUUCGACGACGGGAUACGAAUAACUCUCCGGAAUCCGCCGAGGAUUGCGAUAACGGAGAGAGGAUGACGAGGAUGUCCCGGUCAGAAAAAGCCAGAGAAAGCGAACGAAUGUUACUUCGAAAGGAUGAAAACGAUGGAAAGAGACAGAAAAGCCCUGCAAAGAACAACCAUGAUCUUACGAAUAACGUGUCAAAAGACGGCUCAGUUGAAAUAAAAAAACAUUACAGCAGCGAGGAAGAGAGCCGGCCAUUGUCAGGUCAAAGUUCGUGUUAACAGCAGGCGGAAUAUUCGCCCUAAUUUACGAAGAGAUUCCGAAGUGUUCCGAGCCAUUAGACAACAACAGUCUAGCAAAGCUUUUAAGAAACUCGCAUUGUUAAUAUUCCUUUGUAAACUCUGUUGCCAACCGGCGAAGAUACGGGAUGAGUAUAGCCAUGAGCCUUGAGGUUCGUGUUUGAAAGUGAAAAGAUCUAUUGUGAUUCGAUGGCUGUUUUUUAAUUCUUUCGCUAUUCGCUUCCCAUGGAACAAAUGGAUAACCACAAGCUUAAAAGGUUCAGAUUUUAAAAUCGGAGAUGUAUCAAUCUGCGUGUUUUAGUGCACCAAUUCGAUUGGACGCGAUAUAUUUUAAUGAACCAUCACAAGCAAGGAUUGAAAUUGUUGGGAACGUUGUUUGCCGAUAUUUCUAAGAAUGCAAGAAUAAGAAGCAAAGUACUGAUAACGGCAACGCACCACUUGACCAGUGGCUUUCAAACAUUGAUAAUAUGACAUUUGACGAUUUAAACCAUGUGAAUAUUAUUUAUAUUAGCCUAAUUUGGGAUAGAUUUUAAGCAGUUUUUCUCAACAGAAAAUAGAUAAUUAUAUAUAUAUGUAACAUAGGAAUUUCAAACCUUUAUAAAAGUAAGGUUUUCUCUUAAAGCUCAGAACAAUUUAGCCUGCAUUUCACAAGCGAAUUCAAGAACUUUUUAAGAAGUGUGGAUUGCUGUGAUUUAGCCCUAAAAAGAGUUGAAACGUUUUUGAUUUUUUAAAAUCUAAUAGAGAAAAAAUAUCAUCUAGUUAUAGUAAACUGUUUAUCUAUGAAAGCAAAGUUUCUCGAUACUGAAGCAGUUUGUAAGUCUUCAGAUAUCGCCUCGUGGUCUACUAACUUGAUAGUCCAUGUUGUUUUUGCUUUUUUAAUGCAGAAAGUGUUGUUAUUAAACAUAUCUCU